UCUCUCAAAAUAAUCACCCCAAAGCAAAAACCAAAGAGCAAACCCACUCCAUCUGAAUUCAGAAAGGCUUAUUGACGGUGAUAGUUUAGUCCCUUUCGAAUCCGCUUAAAACAAUUUUUUUGGGUCCAUUCCACUUAAUUACUACUCCAGUUUUUCUUCUUCAAAUAUCCACACAAAGCCAAAACACACUUUCCUCCUUUAAAUCAAGUGUGUUUUUGUCACUUCUUUUUUAGGGUUUUGUCUUAAAUGGGAACUCAAGAUCUGUCCGAAUUCUUCAAAGAAUCCGAGUUGACUGAUGAUAUUUUCAGCAUUCUCGAAGCUUCUGAUUGCAAUAGUCCAUCGAUGAUGCGGUUCGAUUUAUCAAACGAUGAAAUCUUCGAGUUCAAAAAAUCUCCCUUUCUAGAAUCUGAGAUGGCCGCCGCCGAAGCUUCCCCCAAAUGCAAGAGACAGAAGCUGAGCGCCGCCGCGGCUUCUGUGGAAGAUGGGCAGCCAAGAACUUCAUCUCACAUCUCCGUAGAGAGGAAUCGAAGAAAGCAAAUGAAUGAGCAUAUCUCAGUGCUUCGUUCUUUGAUGCCUUGCUUUUAUGUCAAAAGAGGUGACCAAGCUUCAAUAAUAGGUGGAGUUGUGAACUACAUCAAAGAGCUACAACAAAUUCUACAAUCAAUGGAAGCCAAGAAGCAAAGGAAGGCCUACGCUGAUGUUUUAAGCCCGAGGCCUGGGCCCAUUAGCCCGAUCCUAAUAAGCCCGAGGACUCCCCAACCGAGCAGCCCGUACAAGCGCAGGCUGCACUGUCUACAAACGGGCUUCCUCAACUCCCCUUCCCUGAUUCCAAGCCCGGCCGAGCUCUCCCCGUGCAACUCCUCCACCUCCUCCAUCAACGACAGCAUGAACGAGCUCGUGGCUAGCUCGAGGUCAGCCGUGGCUGAGGUGGAGGUGAAGUUCUGCGGCCCGAAUCUACUGCUUAAGACGAUUUCGGGCCGAAUCCCGGGCCAAGUUGCCAAGAUUGUGUCGGCCGUGGAAGACCUUGCACUCCAGAUUCUCCAAGUGAAUGUCAACAAGCUUGAUGAGAAAAUGCUAAAUUGUUUCACUAUUAAGAUCGGAAUUGAAUGUCAACUUAGUGCACAAGAAUUGGCUGAGCAUAUUCAACAGACAUUCUGCUUUCAAAACCCUAGCUAGCUAGUUCCUUGUCUCCUUAAAUUGGAGAAUGCGACAAUAAAUUCGAUGAGGAAAUUACAGUUUACUUCUUAGUUAACUCCUCCAUUAUUUAUUACUACUCUCUUACUUGUAAUUGUGCUUUCAACCUUCAUUUCAGAUCUAUCGUUCAG